UUUGUUUUUGUUUAUCAUUAUCUCAUUGUCCUUUCGUCUGUUCACACUCACGUUUCACGUUUCACUAUUAUAGUUGUUACUUUUCUGAAAGUACUAUUGUGCUUUGCUAUCAAAUUUAUGCUGAAUUAUUAAAUGCGUUUUACACGUCUUUUUUGUCAUACUGGUACAAUUGAAAGUUAGUAGUCUGAACUCAAGAUAGUGUGAUUACUCACGAUGGGACAUUCUUAUUAAAAGUAAUACUAGUUUAAGCUUUUGAUUUUAAAACAUUGCAGUACGUUUUUAGGUUGGAAAAUAAUAGUAAUAACUAAUACUUGGACAUUAAAGCUGCUUUACAUUCUGACAGUUGUGAUAUGGAUAGAAACUUUAAAGAAGCUAAGAGUGAGAUAGCUUCUUACUACAAAACUAUCAGAGUGAGAGAAAACGACUCAGAUGAUAACUGUUUGAAAGCUUCACUUCGUCGAAGGUCUACUGGUAUAAUUGAACGAUUACAUUGGCUAUCCAAUCAAGAUUCGUGCUUCUUGCUAGGAGAUCAUCUCAAACAGUACGUAGAUCUUGUGGAUGAUAAAAAGACUAUAAACAACUACGCUGAACAAAUACAAAGCUUGACAAGAGGAUUGAGAGAUGAUGUAAGAUUGAAAUGGCGAAGCAGCUUAGAACUCGAAUCUGAUGACUCAACAUGCAACGAAGAAAAAAGCUGUUGUCCAGAAAGCGAAUGUGAGGCCACAGGAAAAGAUAUUGCUCUACUUCUCCAGGCGAAGGCCAAGAUCAAAGAAAUCGACGUGAAUAGAGAAAAUGACGGCAAUGUGAUUAAUAAGGGAAAUUACAGCCAUUUCUCAUCAAGUGUUCCAAGCAAAAGAAAAAUAGAUAAUACAUCACCAGGCCACUCCAAUCAAACAUUCAAAAAUAAGAAAACCUUCGAAGGUGACUUCAAAACGAACAAACCUGUUUUCACGAGGGAAAAUGUUGUGAAACAGCCUUUCUCGAAAUCCACUAGUCUGUUUGGUAACCCGGAAGUGACUCGGGGAGCAUCGCGGUCAUGUGAGCCUCCGCCAAAACCAGUGCCAAAGCAACCUGGAGUUUCAUGCUUCAGAACUGCUUCAGAAGAACUGCGGAAGCAAAACCUGAAGAAGAACAAUUCCAAUAAUGGACAUAUGGAUUCACGACACUACAAUGCCGGAGAAGAGACUGGAUUUCCGAAGAAAUCGUUGGGUGGUCGCUCUCGCUCGGUCAUGGGUCGCUUUGUCCCUCCUGUUCGAAAUGAGAAUAGUAAAGAGUUAUAUGAUGAAUCAGAGCAGUCGCAGUCAGAGGUUGGUGAAGUGGAUGAAAGAUUGAAACACAUUGAGCCAAAAAUGAUAGAAAUGAUCAAGAGUGAGAUAAUGUACUGUGGAUCGCCCAUAACAUGGGACGACAUUGCUGGUCUACAUUUUGCUAAAAAAACUAUCCAGGAAAUUGUUGUUUGGCCUAUGCUGAGACCUGAUAUUUUCACUGGUCUUCGACGACCUCCGAAAGGAAUUCUCUUGUUUGGACCGCCUGGCACUGGGAAAACGCUCAUCGGUAAAUGUAUAGCUUCUCAAUCCAAAUCCACAUUCUUCAGUAUAAGUGCAUCUUCAUUGACUUCCAAGUGGAUAGGUGAUGGAGAAAAAAUGGUUCGAGCUUUGUUUGCUGUAGCAAGGGUCCAUCAACCAUCUGUAGUAUUCAUUGAUGAAAUCGAUUCCCUAUUGAGCAAAAGAAGUGAUACUGAACAUGAAAGCUCAAGACGAAUCAAAACCGAAUUCCUUGUUCAACUGGACGGCGCAACAACUGGUGAUGAGGAUCGACUGCUUGUGGUCGGCGCCACGAAUCGGCCGCAAGAGUUGGACGAGGCCGCCCGUCGCAGGCUCGUCAAGAGGCUCUACAUUCCGCUGCCUGAUUAUGAGGCUCGAAAGGAGAUGGUCAGCAGACUGAUGUCAAAUGAAAGGAACAGUCUCCGCGACACAGAUAUUGAUGAGAUUGCACAGCUUACUGACGGGUAUUCUGGAGCUGAUGUGAAAAACGUUUGCCAGGAGGCUGCCCUAGGUCCAAUACGUUCAAUCUCAUUCACGCAAAUCGAAUUCAUUUCACAUGACCAGGUGAACCCAAUCGGAAUGAACGAUUUCAAAACAGCUCUAACUAGAGUUCGUUCCAGCGUUGGACCAUCGGAUCUCGACAAUUACCUCGAAUGGGACAAACUGUAUGGAUCUGGGUCUACUUAGAUUAUUGUUUUCCAUAUUUAUUCCAACUCUGUCAAACGUAAGCCGAUUGGAAUACGCUGCAGUUAACCAGCGAUAGGUGCUCAAAUAUGGUAGUUUAAUUGAAGAUAAGUUCUAAGUCAAUACAGUCAUUACACCCAAGAAUUAUUUAUGUAUUUGUUUACUCUUGAACAUAAAAUGUGACAAUAAUAAUUCAUAAAAUAAAUGUAUUUUCUUUAAAUUAAAUCAUAAAACCGUUUGGAAAUGCUUACCUCACUUCAAUAAAAAAAUCCUGAAGUAGCACUUCAAAUGGCACGUAAAUCGCUUUGUAAAAAGUGACCAGGAGCAAAAUUAAAUUGAAAAUUCAAGUUUUUAUUCAAAUCCUCAUUAGAAAGGCAUAAAUUUCACUUUAUUUAUCAAUUGAUGUUUUAAUGUAUCCUAUAAAUUUAAAUAUACUUGUGAAACAAUAUACUAUUUUCUUAGUAUGAUAAA